GCAGCCUCUGUUGUGUGUGAAAUACAAGAAAGGGCAAGACGGGGGGAGCAGAUCCGAGGAGGCAACCGGAGAACUGGAAGGAGAUCUCUGGAGGCUGCUGGGAUAGGGUUACUCUGGUGUGUGGACUCCAUCUUAAUAGAAAAAUGGCUGUUUUGUACAUGUAAACAGCCUGUGCAGUGCCUGCAUUGCUAAAGGGGGAAGCUAAAGAGGAGGAGGAGGAGGAGGAGAAGGAGGGGCAGCUGCUGGAGGAAAUGCUGCCUCUUCCAAUGAAAUUUUCCCUUCUCUAGCUAACCCCGGCCUUCCGCAGAUCACCUCUGAAGUCAUGCAUGUUGUAUGUUGAGUUUUAGGUUUUAGGUUCCACAUCAUUUGGACAAAGCCUCAUCAAUGCCUCAGCAGACCUCACACCAGAGGACAGACACCUGCGUCGACCAUGAGACGUAUUAGAGGCUGAGCAACAACAUCCACACACAGAUCAAAAACACAUCCUUCAGUUACAACUGCUACACCUGACCAUGGCUGUAACUGCAGCUAAGACAACAACAAGUUUUCUCUCCACAACUGCCACGACCACCGCAAUCCCCUUCCUCUCAACAAGCAAGAGCGCCAGAGACAAUGUUACUUCCAGAACAACAUUAAUGACUGUUACUAUAACAACUAACGAGACCAGCUUCAACGCCACAUCGUUUCCGGAGGCGGUGAUCGAGGGCUCGGGGAUGGGAAUGGUGCUCGUACCCUUUGGCAUCAUCACUGUCAUUGGCUUGGCAGUGGCAAUUAUGCUGUAUAUACGGAAACGGAAGCGGUUGGAGAAGCUGAGGCACCAGCUCAUGCCAAUGUACAACUUUGACCCGGCUGAAGAACAAGAUGACUUGCUGGAACAGGAACUACUGGACCAUGGUCGGGAAGGCAGCCUCACAGGUCCCAAUGCCAAGACUCUCACAACCUCCCAGGGGACCACACAAAGGCCCAGUCGGCUGGUCUUCACAGAUGUAGCCAAAGCUCUCAACGCUUAACAGCUCUCUUCCAUUAGCUGACUUCAGUUUGUGGGGGGCCACUGGCCUCAUUAAGGUACAGACUGGGCUUUUCUCAUUUGUUUUGUGCCUCCUAAUCUCUUCUCUCCUCCAUUCUCCUGCCUGAGUUGGAAAUCAAUCUUAGCACACCAUCUUGAAGGAUGUCCCAGUUCCUAAAAUGCAUCUUGAGGAGCGAGGGGAGAGGAGGCUUGCUCGGGGAGCUAUGAGCAAGAAUGCACAGGUGCAUCCUUUGUGGAAGUCUUUUCAGCAAUCGUGACAUAUAGAAGAGGCGUGACUGGCCUAACACAGCUUAUAAGGCGACUGUGCCACACGUCAAAUUGAGGCCCUGUCUAUACAUAUGCAGAUAUUUUUUGAAAAUGGAUAUUUUCCAUUAUAAAAAACAACUCCAAAUGCUCACCGGUAUUAGCCAUCUUUCAAAAGCCUCCUGCAGACUGUGCGAUUUUAGCAAUCUUAUAAGUUUAUGGCAAGCGACACUGUGCAACAUGGAUAUAAUAAACUUGGGUACAACAUCAAGUUUGAUAUAUGCAGACUGUACGAUGACAACACCUACUGAAUCACAGGCUACAACGUACGACCAUCAACAUCAAUAUGCAAGAGCAAACCAUCCUCAGUGUGCAUCAUCCUUCUAUGCCACUGUAGUGGUAAAGAGAAAAAUGUAAACAAACAUGAAUUGAGCCCUUUAUAGUGGCAUUUAUUUUUUUUUUAAAUAUCUGGAGAAGGAGAAUGUGGAAGCGGUCGUUGCUGGGGAAAAGAGGCCUACUUGGCAAUUAUGCAACGAGAGCUCUGGGUAAGAAUUAGCAUCUACUAGCAUUAAAAAUUUAGCAAUGUUGCGCUGAUCAGUGUCAUUUCAUACGGCAUGUCUAUUGGUUAGCAGAUGUAGGUCGCAGCAAUUACACACUGAGAUGGUCAUCCCACAUUUCUGACACUUUCACUAUUUUAUCCCAGGCUGCUAUACUUGAACCUCUCUUACUGUGUGACGAAAGACCAUCGUUUUAGAGCCACGACCAAAGAUAUUGCCACGUUUCUGUCACAAUGGUCAUCUUUUGUCUGGGACAGCCUAAAAUUGCACAGUGUAUAACGAGCUUCAGUCUCUUCUCAUCUGGAAGAUAGUAAUGUACACAGGCUGUCUUUUCAAAACACAGAACGAAGUGACACUCUAAAACAUGCAAAAGUUUUCCUUCCAUUCCUCAUCGACAACAAUCCCGCUCUCAAAAUUAUCUGACCACGUGCUGGCUCUGCGGAGCCUGAUCUAAAACUGCUGUUAUUGGUGGCAACGGACGCCUCUAUUCUUCUGUGAAGUGGUGCAGCAGUACUAAGUUUCACUGUAAAUUAUUCAUUAGAAAAAGCUGUGCUAACAACUGAAACAAACCAGUAGUCUGGGAUUGUACACACAAAGUAACAAUGGGCAUGUGCAAAUUAAGGAGAUGACAUCAUAAUUUCCCAAAUGCUACAUUUUAAAAGUCCACUCGGAUACAAAGUAACCAGUGUUUGGGAAAAAUUUGCCCCUCAAAAAGUGUUUUCAAAAAUCUCAAUGUCAGUGACCUAAACCCCUACUUGUGUAUGGACAAGGGGCUAAAACUUUCAGGAAAAUAUUCAUUUUGAAAAAAUAUCUGUAUACAUGUAGACAUUGUCUUAGUUAACAUCACUUUAAAAUGACAGCUCUGAAACAGGGAUGUCUCACUUUGUUAAAUGCCAGUUGCCUCGACUCCUCUCUCCUCGAGUCUCUUCCUUUGCCCCCCUUGCUUGUAUCUCAGGUGGGGCUAAGACAUGAGAAGAGGAGAUAAGAGGAAUCAAAGAUGUGCAAACUGUAAAACAAGAAAAGCUCACUGUCUCUCAGGAAGGAAAACAAAGGGAAACUUGGACUGUUUUUGGGAACAACUGGAGCUUUGGUGAACAUUUUCAUCUGUACGACGCAGUACAUGGAAAAAAAAACAAAAAACAAAAAACGUAGGGUGCAUGUAUGAUAAGGGAGCAUAACAUAUGAUCUUGCACUGUUACAAUUCGGCACACAAAUGCAGUGUGAUGCACUUUUCUUGAAUCAUGUUGUGUCAUUGCUGUUAAAAUGUUUGGUAGCUUGUCUGUGAAGUUCGUCUGAGCUUCAAUAUCUACUUCCAUGUUUGAGAAGAGAGAAAUGUACAUUUGUGUUAUUAUACUGAUUUUGUGGUCUUUUGUCUCUGACAUGCUUGAACUCUGGAUGUGUUACCAUCCUAAAGUGAACUGUCCCACUCCAUUUUGCUUUUUCUUCACUGAGCAAUGAAGGACUUGUUUCUGACUGUAUACAUUAAAACUAUUUAAACAAA